AGUUCUGCGGAGAUCGAUCGUAGUGGCGUUUACAGUCCAGUAACGUUAUGGUUUCACUAUCAUUAUUUUUUCUCCAACAGAUAGUUGGCCAGUGUAAUAUGACCAGCGUAUUAUAAGAUGACUGAGAAGAUACUGAAUUAAAUUCCUUCACAUGUGUUAUUGUGAUGAAGUAGGGCGGGUUUUAGUCUUUGCAUGUGCACAAAUCAACUGAAAUUUGUACAAAGUUAUUCUUACAGUGAAGAGUGUCAUCCGAUUUACCUUACAACGUAAGACAGAUUGUUGUUGUUAUUUACUAAAGUGUGAGGAGAGUCGUGAAACCCAACUAUCCACGGCGGGGGUUCCUUUGAACUCUUAUAUCAUUUAGCUGACGCCAGUGUCAACUACAGUAAUCUUGAGGAAUGAAAUGUACGUUUUUCCGGACAUUGAUAGGUGUUUUGAUGAACUAAUAUUAAAAGAACUGUAAUCAGAUGCGUCAAACAAUAUCUUGGAAUAUAUAUUUGAGAUCUUCUGAAGAUUUGAGGUUAUAGGAUAAAUGUAAAACAAAUAUAACUGGUGAUUUUGAGCAGUAAAUGGUUGUGAUCUAUAAAUGAAGAUUUAAUGGUUACUGACGGCUACUUCACCUUCCUUCACUUCAUAAUGGCGGAGCAUCUCGACCCCAUCUUUAAGGCGUUUUGGGAGGGAUUCCCGUGUCCCCCUCCUUGGAAUAGUGACUUAUUAUUUAAAGUGAACACUACGUGCAUGUCGUCGCAGGUCGGGGACAGUGUCAAGUUAUUUAUGGCAGAAAAAUGUGGUAUAGAUCAUGGCGGAUUUAAUAUAGUUCCCCACCCCCCUGAGGAAAAGAUUAUAGUUGAAACUUGUACAACGAACUGUAAAAUUGUGAUAGUAUUGGUUUGUUUGUCUGUUGUGUUAGCGGCAGUUGCUGGAAUAUUGUAUUUAAUUAACAGGAAAUCGUCUGAGAAGCCUCGUUCUAGUCCUAACCACCAGACGGCGCUGAAUCCUGGUGCUGAGCCCAAGUAUUAUUCAACAUGUCAUUAUUCACCUCCAUCGGUUUACUCAAGACAAUCAGAGACAAGUGUAAGAGGAAAUAAAACUGAAACUAGAUUAUUGCAACAUUACUACCCUCCAAUUUCGCCCUAUGCUCUACAUCCAGAUGACAGACGAUAUGCACACGUGGCGCAGGUCCGAGAUUUGCAACUUCCGGUUAGCAACAGUUUUACAAACUAUAGAAAAUUACCGGACGGUGAUUACACGCCCUCUAGUGGUGCAAGCCAAUACAGCGAUAGAUCUCCAAUAUAUGAAUAUAUAGACUCAGAUUCCAAUAUGGACGACAGGCGUCGAAGGGAGACAACUUCAGUGUGCACUUGUAAUUGUGGUGAAACUGCAUAUGGAUCUUAUUAUAGUGACUCAAAUAAUGCCCAGACAUUACAGUUGCGACCUAUACGGCACGCAACGUCCUAUAUCACAUAUCAUGAGAAUAGUGAUUAUGAAGAUACGACUCCAAGAAGACAUUCUAGAAGUAGUAAUCGUAGUCGUUCUAGCCGUAGAUCAAGUAGUAGCUAUACGGCCAUAGAACGAAACAGAGACGGAACUUAUAGACGAGCCAUUCCAGCCGUUCAUUCAAAUUAUUUCGCGCCAGAUUUGCCCUUUAGAUCACCCCCGUCAUGACCUUGAACUAUACAAUGAACUUUCCCAUCUAUAAAUAUAUAUUGUGUAUGAAGAUAUAUAUUUUGUUUAUUGAUAAAACGUUGUGUUUUGUGUACAA